AUGAAGAAUCUCAUUUCGCUCGUUUGUGGUCUGGCACUAUUCCAGAUCCUCGUGGCUGGUGCCAGCAUCUCUGACCCCUUUUCCCAACUCUUGACCACGCGCCAGCAGGUAGACGCGGAACAGGUCCGUCGGGAACUUGGUUCUCGUCUUUCCAAAGGCACACUCAUCUUUGGGCCAGAUGAUGAAAAUUAUGGCAACGCCACGGCUCGGUUCAGCAACUUUUCCGCGCCUCAGAUCCAGGUGGUGGUGAUGCCAGACCAGGAGUCGGACAUACCUGCCAUUGUCCGAUACUGCAACCGCAACAGCAUCCCAUUCCUCGCCAUCAACCGCGGACAUGGAUGGACCAAAACCCUCGGCACCUUCAACGGCGUGCAGAUCAACAUGGCCCGUCUACGAAACAUCACCAUCAAACCCGAUGGCAAAUCCGCCUUGAUGCAGGGUGGGACCUACGUCGGCCAGGUCGUGGACUACCUCUGGGACCGCGGCCACGUCGCCACCACGGGCUCCUGCGACUGCGUCGGCAUGCUGGGCCCGACGCUGGGCGGCGGCCACGGGCGUCAGGAAGGUCUUUAUGGCAUGGUCAUUGACAACAUCAUCAAGCUCAACGUGGUUCUUGCCAACGGUGCCGCAGUCACGGUCAGCAAGGACAGGCACCCGGAUUUGUUCUGGGCCAUGAGGGGCGCGGGCCACAACUUUGGCAUCGUCACCAGCUUCGAGCUCAAGAUCUACCCGCGCGGGCCAGACAUGUGGCACUACCACAACUACGUCUGGAGGGGCGACAAGCUCGAGGAGGUGUUUGAGGCGCUGAACAAGUUCCACGGCAACGGCAGCACGCCGGUCGACAUGGCCGCCAACUUUGGCUUCUUCGCCAUGGACGGCACCAUCACCGAGACCGAGCCCAUCAUGUCGUGGACCUUUGCCUACCGCGGGAGCGAGCAGGACGCCGAGCAGCACCUGGCGCCCUUCAACGCCAUUGAAUCCGCCCGCAGCGAGUGGGGCGACGUGCCGCUGACGCAGAUCUCGGCCGCGCAGGGCACCGGCCUGUCGAGCGUCUUUUGCCAGCACGGCCUGGGCGACCGGCUGCAGGCCUCGGCCGGGCUGCAGGUGUACAACCUGACGGCGGAGCGCGCCAUCUUUGACGCGUUUGCCGCCCGCGUCGUCAGCGCUCCGGUCCUGGCCGCGGGCAUGGCCAUCAUACACGAGGGCUACGCGACGGCGGCGGUCGCGGCGCGGCCCGACGACGAGUCGGCCUUUCCGUUCCGUAGCGACCACCACCUGAUGCUGGCGAGUCUUCUCGUCGACGGCGAUGCUGUCGGCGCCGAGGUGAGAGAGGCCGGGUGGGAGUGGGUGAGGGAGGUGACGGACAUGUGGAACGAGGGCCAGCCGGGGAGGAAGGAGCACGUCUAUGUCAACUACGCCAACGGGUCCGAACCGCUCGAGCAGCUCUAUGGGCAUGAGCCGUGGCGCUUGCAGAGGCUGAGGGACAUGAAGGCCGUGUAUGAUCCGCACAACCGCUUUCGUUACUACAACCCCAUUGUUGUGGGGUAA